CGAAGAAGAAGAGAAAGAGGAGGCAGAGGAAGACGAAGAACGUCGCAAGUGGCUAAAGCAGAAGUUAAAGAGUCGCAAAAGAUUCAUUUGAUGGUUUUUGUUUAUUAGAGUUGAUGAGAUUCUUAUCACGCCAUAAACUACUAUGUUUUGAAGCAGCAGGAAGUGGAAUUAAAUGUCCGUCGCCGCCGCCGGAUAUUUCCCGAGUCAAGCUGCGGCGUUGGUUGUGUGGCGUGGUGCGUUAGCAUCCAGGUUAGCGGCCAGUGACCUCUGACGGGACGAGCAGAGCUGCAACUUGGCACCAGCAGUCGCGGCUCCUUCUGGCCCAACUCUCCAGCUCCGUCACAGACAAACACGGACCACAUGCAUCACGCCAACAUGAACCACAGUGCUGGAACCAUGGACCACACUCACCACAUUGCCAUGACGGAAGCAACACCCCUCACUGACCACACCCACCAUGGGGGUGGGCAUGAUGAACACUGUGGUGGUGGACAUGGCGGGAUGCCGAUGACAUUCUACUUUGGCUACAAGAAUGUGGAGCUUCUCUUCACUGGACUCCUCAUCAACUCACCAGGAGAAAUGGUUGGGGCAUGCAUUGGCAUCUUCCUAUUGGCUGUUUUCUAUGAGGGCCUGAAGAUUGGCCGUGAGGCCCUGUUGAGGCGGAGCCAAGUCAACGUCCGCUACAACUCCAUGCCUGUGCCCGGGAUGGAUGGUACCGUUCUCAUGGAGACACACAAGACUGUUGGCCAGCGAAUGCUCUCUCUCUCCCACCUCCUGCAGACGCUCCUUCACAUCGUGCAAGUGGUGGUCAGCUACCUCCUCAUGCUGGUGUUCAUGACCUACAACGGCUUUCUGUGCAUCGCUGUGGCAGCAGGUGCUGGUGCAGGCUACUUCCUGUUCAGCUGGCGCAAGGCAGUGGUGGUUGACAUCACUGAACACUGCCAUUGAGCAUGCUUGGGGAGACGAGAGGGGAAGAGAGGCUGGUAGCCACCUCAUUAGCUAGGGAGCCAUGCCUUAUUGACUCUGGCUAGCUACCUAGCCAGCCGGUGAAAAGGAGACAGGAGCACAAGUGCCAAGUGCUGAUUAAUUUGACUAGUAAAUCAUUUGGGUGGGGUGGGGGGGGCUGGUUUAGUCAGCUACAUACCACACAAAUGCAAGCUAGCUAGCUUGCCCUCCUGCAUUCAGUUUAGGGAAAACACAAAACUGAAACAAUGAAUGCCAAACAGCAAUCAUGUUGGCUAGCCACUGCACAACACUUGAAGAAUUUUUUAUUUAGAUUGUCGACUUCUCAAAGUGGUCUUUCUUUUACCUUCUCCUUAGCUUGUGCUCCAGCCUAAUACAUCCACCAACGAAAACCAUUCAACCUUACCAAUCAUUAUCACUACUGUUUCCCCCUCGAGCUAGCUUGCCAAUCGCAGACGGGUGCUAUAGAUUACGCGUGCAACACUAUUGAUUUGUUGUCAUUACUUUCAUUAACACCUGUGAUGUUAGCCAGUUGUUAGCGUGUGAAAGGGACCCCCAGCUGGCUCAUAAUACAUGCACAAUCCAGGGCAUUGGAACCAUAUUUUAGUUAGCGACGCUACGUACAACCUGACUUGACCUGUUUGAUUUUUUUCUUUUACUUAUACACUAAUGUAUCCUGAGUAGCUAGCUGGGAACUGGACAAUCAGAACCACGUAGUGAUGAUAAACUUAGGGACGGAAUCUUUUUUUCCCCAGUUGUCGCCGUUUGUCAUCAGUCCUUUUUUUUUUCUUUCAUAAAUGUAACAAAGAUCUAUAAAUGUCUGUCAAUAAAUGUAUGAAUCUGUGUCGACAUGCCUCUGCUGUGGCGCAUCAGUCAUUUGAAGGAUGAGGAAUGAGCCAGUCUAAAAGCUUUCUGGGACAGUAAGAGCUCAGUUUCCCAGCUUGCUCCUCUGCUAGCUACAGAAAUGAGGCAUCUAACCAAAUUGUUAAAGUCGCAUCUCUCUUGGUGGAUCCUCGUGCAGGAAAAGGUCAAAGAGGCUGCAAAGCAUGGAAUUACUGCUUUGCGACUGUGUGGAUUCUGCAAAUGAAGUACAGGUGGGGCAAGGUGCAACUGUAUUUGUAGCCCUGAGGCCCAGAUACUUAAUCAAAACUGGUGAAGCAUGCUAUCCAUUUUGACAUACAGGGAUAAAAUUAUUGGAAUGAAAUAAAAUAAUAAAUACAUUGUAUUUAAUGGUAUCUUUCAUACCGCCCAAGGUCACCUUACAUCAAAUAAAAUAAACAAAGCAGUAAAAAAUCAGUACAAUCAACAACAAACCACCAUAAGCGACAGCAGAGCUCAGCGAGUAGUUGAGUCAAGAUGAAGUUGAUGCAGUUCAAGUGAGUAUGCUGCUUUAUAAAGGUGGGUUUUAAGCGCAGUUUUCAAUUCUGUGAAGGAGUCCAGUAAGUGGAUGUGACGGGGAAUGGAGUUGCAGAGUGUGGUUGCAGCAUAGGAGAAAGCCCUGGCACCCAUUGUGCUGAGGUAGAUGGCUGAUAGUGCCAAUAGACCUGCUGGUGAAGACCACCGCAGGGAGCAAGAUGGAGUGUAAGUCUGAAGGAGGUCUGUCAGAUAAGCAGGGUUUAGAUUAUGAAUAUAUAUAUAUAUAGAUAUAGAUAUAUACACAUCCAUUGAUUAACUGAAGGUUGAACUACCCCAGGGCUCGAACCCAGAAUGUUGUUGUGAGGCGACCAUGCUAACCGCUGCGCCACCGUGCUGCCAUAUUUUUUUUUUUUGUAGUAGCGAAUUCGGGGGGCAGUCCGGGAACCGCCACAGCCGGAACGGGAACCCGUGUCUCCCGCUCCGCAGGCGACAACGUUAACCAGCCGACUAAAGGGUUCGACCCGUUAGUCAAGGACCAAUGUGUCUACUUAUCCAUGCACGUUACAAUAUGUAUGUAUGUAUGUAUGUAUG